GCUAGCCAUGGAGCUAUCUCUGUAACGGAGUAGUUGUCGAGUCCAUAGUAUGGUCAAUAUAAGUAUUUCUUCUAUCGGGUUGCUGCUGUAGUUUUUGUGUUUAGUGGUUACUGUUGUGAGUGUCGUGUAAUGUAAGGGUAAUUAAUACAUAUCCCAUAGGUUAUUAUGGCGUAAGCUAUGAUCUCGACGAUUUAUGUUGGCUAAUCUGCCGGGGCUUUUCCGCUGCCCGUUUGCUCCUCCUUUAGUGAUUUUUUCCCCUCAGCAGUUUGGAAGACAUUGAAUGAUCGGCACUGCAGCAAGUUUACAAACCAGUUCAACUGCACCAUUGAGAGGGCCGACACUGGUGUUAAUUUGAGACAUCCCGUAGGAAACCCUCCGCUUGCUACGAACUCACUGGCUAGCUAUUUAUACAUCUCUUUGUUUCCACCAUCAAAAGUGGUGAUCUCAUCAAGCCAGCGUUAGACUGUCCACGCGAAUGUGUGACAUCUACUCUAGUGUCCCGUUGUCUUGCAUGUUUGUGUUAGUUCAGUCCAGAGGACUGGAAGUUGACGGAGUCCCAGCAGGUCGUGGAAUCGAAAAGUCCGGGCGAACUCUGUCCGACGAGGACAAAUGCAAGACGACGUGUACCGAAGCGGCCAUUUGACCCAAACUAAGUUGUCAGUCAUGUCAUCUGCAUAUUUCAUGCAGUAGCUGGUGGUCUUGUCAAAAGUUACUACUGAAAGUAACAAAGUUGGAUGGAAUAGCAGGUGUAAUUGCAUGUCCUGAAGGUUUGCAUUUAUAAACGACCGGAUUUGAACCAACGGCGCUAUGUCGGACGACAACAACGUUGACAAAUUUAUAAAGGAGACCUCCAUCUUGGAGGAGUACAACAUCAACUGGACACAGAAGCUCGGAGCCGGCAUCAGCGGACCCGUGAGGGUAUGUGUCAAGAAGUCAACACAAGAACGAUUCGCCCUCAAAAUCCUGAUUGACCGGCCCAAAGCUCGCAAUGAGGUGAGGCUUCAUAUGAUGUGUGCAGCGCACCACAACAUCGUCCAGAUAAUGGAAGUGUAUGCCAACAGUGUGCAGUUUCCACAUGAGUCCAGUCCAAGAGCAAGGCUGUUGAUCGUCAUGGAGAUGAUGGAAGGAGGUGAGCUGUUCCACAGAAUUAGUCAACACAGGCACUUCACGGAGAAGAUGGCUAGUCAAGUCACAAAACAGAUUUCACAAGCGUUGGAACACUGUCACUCGCUCAACAUUGCUCAUCGAGACCUGAAGCCAGAGAACUUGCUCUUCAAGGACAACUCACUGGAUGCUCCGGUGAAAUUGUGUGAUUUUGGCUUCGCCAAAAUAGACCAAGGCGACUUGAUGACUCCACAGUUCACUCCUUAUUAUGUAGCACCUCAGGUUCUGGAGGCACAGAGGCGACACCAGAAAGAAAAGUCUGGAAUAAUACCUACCUCACCCACCCCCUACACCUAUAACAAGAGCUGUGACCUUUGGUCUUUGGGGGUUAUCAUCUACGUGAUGCUGUGCGGCUACCCGCCAUUCUACUCGAAGCACCACAGCCGCACCAUCCCCAAGGACAUGCGCAAGAAGAUCAUGACCGGCAGCUUCGACUUCCCCGAGGAUGAGUGGAGCCAAAUCUCCGAGAUGGCCAAGGACAUUGUGCGCAAGCUACUGAAGGUGAAGCCGGAGGAGAGGCUGACCAUCGAGGGGGUGCUGGCCCACCCGUGGCUCAACUGCACGGAGGCGCUGGACAAUGUGCUGCCCUCGGCCCAGAUGAUGAUGGAUAAGGCAGUGGUAGCCGGGAUUCAGCAGGCUCACGCUGAGCAGCUCGCCAACAUGAGGAUACAGGACCUCAACGUCAGCCUUAAACCCCUCAACUCCGUCAACAACCCCAUCCUGAGGAAAAGGAAGCUGCUUGGCACCAAGCCCAGUGAUGGGUUCUUCAUCCACGACCCAGAGAAUGGUGGAGACGACUCCAAUGUUGCUCUAGAGAAGCUCCGAGACGUCAUCGCCCAGUGUAUCCUGCCACAGGCUGGAGAGAAUGAGGAUGAAAAGCUGAACGAGGUGAUGCACGAGGCCUGGCGCUUCAACCGUGACUGCAAGCACCUCCGAGACGGACUCCAGGGCCUCAGCUGGGAUGGGAGGGCAUUUUGCGACAAGGUGGACCGCUUGAAGCUGGCUGAGAUCGUCAAACAAGCCAUUGAGGAAAAAACAAACUUACAGGAGUCUCAAUAGCAAGUGCUGAAUUUCUAUUUCCUUUUGUACUGUUUUAUUAUAUUUGUUCUUAAGCAAAUAACUGUAAAGAGUCCUUUUUUCAUGUAAAUUUAAGUGCUGAACCUUUUUUUUUUUUUUCAAAUGGACAUGCUCAAAAAAAAAAAACUACUGUAAAACUGUAGAUAUAUUCAAGGAAUUGUUGGUUCGAAAAGCUUUUUUUAACAAAUGACGGUGAAGAAAAAGAACAGAGAAGUGUCUAUUUUUUCUUUUUUUUAGGAAGGAGAGAAGGAAAAAUACAGCAAAAUUGAAUUUCAGCCUGCACUGGAAAAGCAAGGGAGAUUUUUUAACAACCUGCUUGUCCAAGAUGCCGCAUAUUUUAUUUUAGCUUUACUCAGCCUCCUUCUCUUUUUAACAAGUCUCAUAAAUCUAUUUAUUUAAGAUAAAUAAUUAUAAUGAACAAAGAAAAAAAAAUGCUGUUAUUUUGUACCAUAACGCCUGACGUUCAGACGCACGAAUCAGCAUGAGUCGCUGAUUAUGAACAAAUCAGAGCCAGAGAAAAGAUGGAAGGAUCCAUUUCAUUUAAAAAGUUUAUUCUCCACUCUAUCUAUCCAGAAAAAAAAUGUGAAAUGUGAAGAAGGACAGAAAGGAAUAAUUUCAUGCCUUUAAAAAACUUUUCAGUAUGAGCUGCAUUAUGUCAAAUGUUCCGUCUUGACUGUCUUGCUAGACAAGUACUCCAAUUGAUAUCAGCCAGAGGUGAGCUUUGUUUGUCUUCCUGGAUGAGGAUUCAAACAGAGGUGUAGUAGUUAUGAAUGCUGUAUAUUUCUAAUCAGAAAUCCUAUUGAGUGCAAUGCAGAUGCAUUACUGACCUUCUGCCUCCUACCUCUCUGUUGCUCCCCUGGUGAUAGUGGUGAUGGAGUGGGCUGAGAGAACGAGAGAGAGAGAGAGAAAACACUAGAAACUGUCACUUGGAUGUGGACACUCCAGUCUUUGUAUGUUACCCGGUUGUAUUGAGCCUCAUUUCUGAUAGGGGUGUGUGUGUGUGUGUGUGUGUGUGUGUGUGUGUGUGUGUGUGUGUGUGUGUGUGUGUGUGUGUGUGUGUGUGUGUGUGUGUGUGUGUGUGUGUGUGUGUGUGUGUGUGUGUGUGUGUGUGUGCAUGUGUAUGUGUGCGUUGAAGAGAGGGAGAGAGAGAGAAAAAGAGAGGAGAAGAGUUCAAGAGGUUCACGCCAACUUUAGGAUGCGUUAUUUCAAGCAAACUGAAUCCUGUUUUCCUUCUUUAAUUUCCAAAAUAAUGACUUCAGGAAGAACCCUCGAGCCUUCCUUUUUUGUGUGUUUGCCUAUGGUUUAUGUAUUGAAUGUGUGUGUGUGUGUGUGUGUGUGUGUGUGUGUGUGUGUGUGUGUGUUUGAGUGCAACUUCUUGGGCGUUGGACAUGUGUUGUGAGUACACAUGCGAGUGAUCGCCCUUACCAAGUCUACGCUGCUUCCCCAAUAAGCCUGCACCGGAGGAAGCUGUUGUCAGUGGCUGUUUAAAUGUAGCACCUUUAGUCUCUGACAACAGUGUCCUCCCCGUGGCACUCCACAUUCUCCAAUCACAUUAGACCUCUUAGCUCAGGACUCGUCAUGGUAACAUGACACUUGUAAGGAAAGGAAGAAAGUGUGGAUAACCUCCCUUUUUUAAAAAAAAAAAAAAAAAAGAAAAGAAAGUAAGAAAAUCCUCUGAAGCUGUGUCUGGCUUCCAGUAAAAGUAGGCAUCUCAUGAAUUCAGCCUUGUGUUUGGCAUUGCUGUAUCUGCAUCUCAGUAGUGGUGACUUGUUGGAGACUGAAAAAAAAAAUCAUGGUGUUCAGAUGUUUUCUGAAUGAUGACUGAUUGGUAAGGGGGAAGGGCUUUUGACUAUUAAUCUCAGCCGGUCUUCUUUGAGCUGACAACAUUCUUAAAUAUUUGCAUUUUUAUCCAAGCUUUCUGUGACAAUGCAUCCAUGUUGGAAUCUUAAAGUAUAUGAUUUUCUCCCCUCACCUGACUAACAGCUCUCUGACAGUUUUCACUACUGGCAGAAUACACCUCAGGUCAGCUGAAAACAUUAAUGAAAUGGUAACUUUUUUUAUUUGCUGUUUGAGGAGGUGGGAUUGGACCGGACCGAGACUGGAAGUUACUGUAAUGCUGCAUAUUGCACCUCAUUUCCAGGGAAUAUGCCUGAACAUGAGUUCAGUUUUUAUCUCAAAGUGCUUUGUGGGUUGUCUGAAUCUGGCUAGCACACAAACCAGUUUGCUGGGAAAGAGCUCUCAGCAAGUUGUCAUGCAUAUUUUCAAUAGUCUUCCAUGUUGCAGCAUAAUCACGUUUGUCCAUGCAUAGCCUCUUUCAGAGAACACUUCAGUGAUAGUGGCCUCCGAAUUAAUGGAAUUGCCAUAGUUUCUGUCAAGUACGUCCAAAAAUAUUUUCUGGAAAUGAGGUUACCUUUGCAAUGAUUAACAUUUGCUUUUAAUCGAGCAGAGAAGACUUAAUAGUUACACUACGACAAACUUUGCCUUGACGUUUUUGAGAAGAAUGCCUAUUUUCUUGUCAUCGUUGAUUUUACCACGUCAGCCGUUCGAACUUGAGCUGGGAUGCAAAAGUGAACCAGACACAAUCCUUUGUUUUGGCACGUAUGGGCAUAGUUGAGAGCACUUGUGAUGUCAUUUGAGAAUACAUUGUUUUUCGUUCGCUUGCUGAACAGUCUGUGAGUUUUGUGUCCCAGUCUUCUGUCUGAAUUAAGGCAUCUGUCAUUUUUAUUUGUUCAUUUUGAGUUUCAUUUAUUUUAUUUGUGUACUAAUCUCCUCUUAUGUGGUAACUGCGCACUUGUUAUUUCAACAUGGGAGGCCUGUACCUCAGUCAGUAUUUCAUUUGUCCUCUAUCAUCUUUGAAAAGUCAUGAACAUGCUAAAAUGUUUGUAUUAAAGCAAUUCCUGCUG